AUGGCCAGUCUCAAUGCGAGCCUGCGCCAACUGCGGUGUAACAUGCCCGCUCUCGGCUCACAAUGGCUGCCCACGGCCGUGAAGCGAGCUGUCCCCUCGACGCCCCUAGCCAUCCGAACCCUCGCGACGACUACUUCGACGACGACGACGACGCCACGGAGAAGCAACGACCCGUUCUCAAGCUUUGGUGGCGGUGACAGCAGCAGCAACGCUCUCAAAGAGCAGCUCGAGGCGAUCCGGAUCCCGCACGUGGGCGUAGUUCACGCCCGCGCGGUACCCUCGACGCCGUCGUACUUUUCGCGGACGCCGCGCUUCAACGACCUGCACAUUCAGCUGUCGCGACUGCUCGCCCGCUACAACCACCUGCCGACGGUGGCACCGUCCGAGGCGGCGCCGAUGCCGUGGCUGAAGCUGGAGGCGGUGCGGCGCGAGCUCGGGGAGCCGAUCAAGGCGUCGCACUUUUCGCAGGUGCUGCGCGUGGUGCGGCGGCUGCACAGCAUCGAGCCGUCUCUGGCGCCGAGCGAGGUGGCGACGGCCGUUGCGCGCUUCGCCAAGCCCAUCAACGCGCUGCUCAACGUCGCCCGCCCGCAAAAGGUCGACCGCUUCGGCCGCGCCAUCGGCGUCGGCCGCAGGAAGACGUCGACGGCCCGCGCCUUUGUCGUCGAGGGCACCGGAGAGGUCCUCGUCAACGGCAAGACGAUCAACGAUGCGUUUGGCCGCGUGCACGACCGCGAGAGCGCUCUGUGGGCCCUACUGGCCACCGGCCGCCUCGACAAGUACAACAUCUGGGCCCUGGUGGAAGGAGGCGGCACCACGGGCCAGGCCGAGGCUAUGACUAUGGCCAUUGCAAAGGGCCUUUUGGUCCACGAACCGGCUCUGAAGCCUGCUCUGCGUAAAGCCGGCUGCAUCACGCGGGAUCCCAGAAAGGUGGAGAGAAAGCUGCACGGCCACGUCAAGGCUCGCAAGAGCCCUGCCUGGGUUAAGCGAUAG